AUGUCAGACUAUACUAUUGAUUCAAUAGCAAUGGAAUUAAGAAAAGAUUUGGGUAGAUUAGGUGUGGAAUCUAAUUCUUCCAAAAAAAUUAAGAUAAUGUCACAUGCCUUAAAUAACUAUUACUCAGUGGAAAAAGUGGAAUUUCUAUCCAAAAAGAAAGUUAAAGAAAGUAAAACUAUUGAAACUGUCAUUAAAGAUCUAGUGUAUGUCAAAGAUCCAGUAUCUCUAGUUAAUCAUGUUUGCAUUGCUAGGGGACUAGAAGUCGAGAACGUUAUUAUUCGUAUAAGAAUAGAUAGUGGCCAAGGAUCUUUAAAAAUUAUUAUUAAUGUUUUUAACAGAGAAGUAAAUUAUGACUCCAAAGAAACCAAGAAUACUGGAGUGAACAAAGUUAUAAUAUUGGCUUUUGCCAAAAAUGUUUGCGAAAGCCACACAAAUCUUCAAAUUCUUAUAGAAAAAACAAAGCUAAACAAUUUAAAGUUUUACCUUGCUGCAGAUCUUAAAUUAUGCAACAUAGUUUUGGGUUUGUCAGGACAUGGGGGAAAAUAUUCGUGUUUAUUUUGUGAUGGUGAUAAAACUAAUCUUGGAGAACUGAGAACUUUUAAUAUGCUUAAGAACACGUAUAAAAACUUUGCUGAAAGUGGAUUUAAAAAAAGCUCCAUGCAACUCUAUAAGAAUGUUAUACAUCCAUGUCUCCUGGUUGAGUCUGGAGAGAUGUAUGUGCUUGAUGUCAUCCCUCCUCCAGAACUUCAUUUAAUGAUGAAGAUUAUAACAGAAAUUUCAAAUGUCUUCUGUAAGGAACCUGAUGUUGCUCUUUGGUUAAAAAAGCAUGGAAUUAUUUGGCAUGGGUAUAAUGGAGGUGGACUGGAUGGUAGAAAUGCUAACAAAAUACGAAAGCUUUUGCCAAAUUUGGAAAAAUUUAUCUUAGAUAACUUUUCUUCUUAUUAUCCAGUUGUUGAACUGUUAAAGUCUUUUUCUUCAGUAGUAAACAUGUGUUUCGGAAUGAAACUCCAUGACGGUUAUGCUGAUGCCAUUGCAACAUAUAUAAGGAAGUUAAAGGAAAACCAAGAGUAUGUGAAGACUACAUUCAACCACAAUCUUUCUAUGGGAUGGAAAGGUCAUAUAAUUGAACACCAUCUUGUCAUGUUUUUAAAUAGAACUAAGCUGCCAUUGGGAGUAUUUUCUGAACAAUGUUCUGAAUCUGUUCAUCAUAAUAUGUUGAAAACACUGAGCAGAUUCUCAACUUCAGAAUUCAGAGAGAACCAUGGAGAGCUUCUUAGAAAGGCAAUAGUUGAAUAUUCAAGUCAUAGAAUUUAAGUUUUUUCUUUGCUAUUGAUUACAUAAUUAUACAUAUCUUGUAUACUAUAUAGUUUUGAAGAUUACAUUAAAUCAGUAUAUAUUAUGGAUUAUAUUAUACUGU